AGCGGAAGUAGAAGGAAACAGCCAGGCCGGACUGAAUCUGACAGUAAAAAUACUCCUGUCGCUGGGGAGCCAAACUCUCCAGACCUGGUGUGUUUUUUUUUCUUUCUUCUUUGACCUGAAAGUCCGAAUGGUGUAGAAUUAGAAGAUCCGUCAACAUGGCGCACAUUUCAGAGCAUCUGCAGACGACACCGAAACUCCGGGCGUCACUUUUCGCCUUUCUUCUCUCUCUUGUCGUCUCCCUCGGGGUCGCCAGUCGCGUCACCACCCCAGCGGAGGACACGGUAGAAACUUACAACAAAUACUACAACUACGUCGACCUGACCGUGCGUUUACAGUCCUUGGCUCAGACAUACCCUCACAUAGCUAACCUGUCGAGCAUAGGUCAGUCCGGGGAGGGCAGGGAGCUGUGGGUGAUGCGGAUCACCCAGGACCCCCGCGGAGACGCACCGGGGAAACCGAGGUUUAAAUACAUAGGGAACAUGCACGGGGACGAGACCGUGUCCAGGCAGGUGUUGGUUUACCUUGUAGAGUACCUGCUGGUGAAGUAUGGAGAGGACCCACGUAUAACUGAGCUGGUGGACACCACGGAUGUCUACAUCAUGCCCAGUAUGAACCCUGACGGCUUUGAGAGGUCAGUAGAGGGCGACUGUGCUGGCCAAUCCGGGGGGAGAAAUAAUGCCCAGAAUAUGGACCUCAACAGGAGCUUUCCUGACCAGUAUGAUGAGACCAGUAUCAACCAAGAGAGUGUCCCCGAGGUAAUGGCUGUGAUCAGAUGGAUCCAGGAGAAAAAAUUCGUGCUGUCAGGGAACCUGCAUGGCGGCACUGUGGUUGCCAGUUACCCUUUUGAUGACUCUGCCACCCACCAGCGGCAGGGCCUCUACAGCCCGGCAGAGGACGACAGCCUGUUUCGCUACUUGGCCCUGGUGUAUUCCCAGAACCACCCUGGGAUGAGGACUGGUGAGCCCAACUGUCCAGAUGCCCUGGAUGAAACUUUUAAAGAUGGCAUCACCAAUGGGGCACAGUGGUAUGACGUUCCUGGUGGGAUGCAGGACUACAACUACCUGCAUGGUAACUGUCUGGAAAUCACCAUGGAGUUGAGCUGCUGCAAAUAUCCUCCUCCAUCUGAGCUUCGUAAGGAAUGGGAUCUGAACAGGGAGUCCCUACUAGCCUACAUAGAAAAGGUCCAUAUAGGUGUCCAUGGUUAUGUGAAAAAGUCCACCAAUGCUGCUCCACUUGCCAAUGUCAGCAUUGUCGUGUCAAGCAUUCGCCACAAUCUGACCACAGGAAGUUAUGGGGACUACUACCGCCUUCUACUCCCAGGAACAUACAACAUCACAGCUGUGGCCCCAGGGUUCACACCAAUGACAGUCCACAGCGUUCAGGUCGUGGAGGGCAAAGCCACGGAACUUAACUUUACUUUGUCGCCUGUGGACAACGAGGGCCCAGGUGGCAUCACUGAGACUACAUACGCCAUGCCGUCCACCAAUGAUCCAAACCUCCCCACCACCUCCACCACCACCACCACCACCACCACCACCACCACCAUCAAGUCUUCUGACUCCACCCAGACCCAGGUGGUUCCCGAAGCAACAAGCCCCCCUAUACUUCCCCCUGAACAUCAGCCCAACCAGCCUCAGGUGUUCCGUCACCACAACUACGCAGACAUGGAGCUGUUUUUGCGCAAGUACAGCAGCGAGUUCCCGUCUAUUGCCCAUCUUUACAGCAUUGGCCACUCCGUGGAAGGCCGUGAGCUGUAUGUGAUGGUUAUCUCAGACAACCCCACCGUCCAUGAGCAUGGUGAGCCAGAGUUCAAGUAUGUAGCCAACAUGCACGGUAAUGAAGUGGUGAGCCGAGAGCUAAUGCUCAACCUCAUUGAGUACCUGUGCCGUAACUAUGGUACUGACCCAGAGGUCACUCAGUUGGUCAACAAAACCCGCAUUCACAUUAUGCCUUCAAUGAACCCGGACGGAUACGAGGUAGCCACUGAAGGUGAUGUAAAGGGUUACAAAGGGCGCAACAACAGCAACAAUAUCGAUCUGAACCGCAACUUCCCAGACCAGUUUUCUACCACCAGAGAGCCCAGACAGCCAGAAACCAUAGCUGUGAUGAACUGGCUGAAGAGCAUCCCCUUCACCCUGUCAGCCAACCUCCAUGGAGGCUCCUUGGUUGUCAACUACCCCUAUGAUGAUGACAAAGAGGGGCUAUCGCACUACAGCCAGUCGCCUGAUGAUAAAGUCUUUCAGCAGGUUUCUAGAGCCUACUCACAGGAGAAUCUUUUGAUGAACAAUGGACACCCUUGUGAGAACCUGUACCCUGAUGAAUAUUUUGCGGAUGGCAUCACCAAUGGGGCCAACUGGUACAAUGUUGCUGGUGGCAUGCAGGACUGGAACUACUUAAACACCAACUGUUUUGAGGUGACCAUCGAGCUUGGCUGUGUGAAGUACCCCAUGAGCAAAGAACUCCCUAAAUACUGGGAACAGAACAGACGGUCCUUGCUUCAGUUUAUACACCAGGUUCACACUGGAGUCAAAGGCACAGUCUCUGACAUUAGGGAUGGCACUGGAAUUCCCAAUGCCACCAUCACUGUGGAGGAGGUAGACCACAAUAUCACCACAGCUCGCACUGGAGACUACUGGAGGCUGCUGGUCCCUGGGACUUACUCUAUCACUGCCUAUGCCCAUGGUUAUAAUCCUUUAAGGACCUACGCCACAGUCUCUAAGGGUCAUGUAGAGUUGGUGGAUUUCAGACUGACACGUGUCCACUCAGAACCUAAUGGCCAGUCUCCCAUGGGCCCCGAACCUACACAGAAUCCAUCUGAGAAGGCGUUCCAGAGCUUAAUCAAGGACCUCUCUCUAGGCCAGGGUUUGGAGCAGCUGGUCCGGAGCACUGCCACGGAGAACAGCUUCCGCUACAGACGCUACAAAGAGCUCUCUGGCUUCUUGAGAGGCCUCACACUUAACUUUCCCAAAAUUACAUCUUUACACAGCUUAGGCCAAAGUAUAGAGUUUCGAACCAUUUGGGCGUUGGAAAUCUCCAACAGUCCAGGGGAAGCUGAACCUUCUAAGCCCAAGAUCCGACUUGUAGCUGGUAUCCAUGGCAAUGCCCCUGUUGGCACAGAGCUGCUGCUGGAGUUUGCUGCCCUCCUGUGUAUCAACUAUGGCAAAAACCCAGUCAUCACCAGGCUGAUCAAUGAAACUCGGAUUGUCAUCGUGCCGUCCAUCAACCCAGAUGGACGAGAACUGGCUGUUGAGAAGCAGUGCACCUCUACCCAGGGCUUGACCAAUUCUCAUGGCAAAGAUCUGGACACAGAUUUCUUUGGAAAUGCGUCACAGCGUGUGGUGGAGGCCCAACCAGAGACCAGAGCCAUGAUGGACUUGAUUCUAGACAAGGGCUACUCUCUGUCUGUUGCCCUUGAUGGAGGCUCCCUUGUUGCUACUUACCCUUACGACAAGCCUGUCCAGUCUGUUGAAAAUGAGGGCACAUUGAAGUACUUGGCAAGUGUUUAUGCCAACAACCAUCCUAAGAUGCACCUCGGGGACACAGGAUGUUCAAAUAACGGGCAGAUGGGCAACAUCCCAGAUGGAGUUAUGAGGGCAGCAGAGAGACAAAGUCACAUGGGGAGCAUGAAGGACUUCAGCAUGGACUUUGGUCACUGUCCAGAGAUCACUGUGUACAGUGGCUGCUGUUUGUUUCCUCCUGCUGAGCAGCUGCCCACACUCUGGGCUGAGAACAAGAAGGCUCUCCUAAGCAUGUUGGUCGAGGUCCAUAAAGGGGUGCGUGGCAUAGUGCGGGACAAGAGUGGAAAGCCUAUUGUUGGGGCGAUCAUUGUACUGAAUGGGGGAGUGAGAGUCUUCACUGCAGAGGGCGGCUACUUUCAUGCGCUGCUGGCUCCUGGCAACCACAACAUUGAAGCAGUUGCUGAUGGUUACCAACAACAACGUCAAGAGGUGGUGGUGUCUUCCUAUGAAGCUGCUAGCUCCAUCAUCAUUGAGUUUGACAUGGACAACAGCAUCUUUGGCCUGCCCAGAGAGUUUGUGGUCGCCAGUGCAGCAGCCUCCAUGACGGCGUUGGUGGUGACGGCGUGCAUCAUCUGGUGUGUGUGUGCAGCCAAAUCUAACCGUCAAAAAGAUGGCUUCCACCGCCUGCGACAGCACCGAGACGAAUAUGACGAUGAGAUCCGACUCACCUCCAUGGGCUCCAAGAAGUCGCUGCUUGCCAAUGAGUUUCAGGACGACAGUGAAAGCGACGAGGACACACUGUACGCCAACAAAAUCUGAGGACCAUUGCACCAAUGUGGCUGUUGGCUCAGUUUUUUUAUUUGAUCUCCCCCUUAAAUUUAUCCAACAAGGAACAGUUUGAACUCUAGACAGCAUCUCUGUCUCCUUUAUGACGGAAAUACAAGAGUGAUAAAGACUCUUUGUUCUGUUAUAACGACAAGGACUUACUCCCAGUCACUCAGUUUUAAGUGCUUCUAAAUUAUUACUUUAAGAGCAUCCUGCUGGCGUUUGAACUGAAGGGCUUGCUCCAUCUCUACCUGACUAGAUCAGGAGAAAUGGACAAAGAGAAAGUGAUAAAAGAGGGAGAGAAAUAAACGUUUGGUCCACUGUGGCCCUCAUCCAUCCUAAAAAGUUUUCCACAGCUUUUUUUAAUUUCUGAGCCACGAAAGAGUGCUCUUAUAGAUCACCACCUGUCCUGCCUGGCUGAGGGGUUCCAGCUGAUAAAUCAGAAUUGACUCUUUUUUUUUUUUUUCUUAAGAGGAUGAAUAAUUAAGUCUGAACAGAAGUGCUUGAUCCACAAUCUCCUCACUGAAAUCAUGCAUUCAUUUCAAUGCAGCUUUGAGCUGAGAAUUUAUACAUUUAUUUUAUCCAAGAUAGCAUUGCUACACUGAAGUGUCCGAGCCUUUGGUAGAAUGAAUCCAACACUGUGCCUUGGCUUCUUUAAAGUUUACAGUCCACUGGGGCUGAUAUAUGUGAUGCAAAGCAGCAACAUAGUGAGUAGAUGAUAUUUGAUCCCUCCUUUACUCAGGUUUUAGGAAAAGAGAGAAAUUAUGAUUUAAAGUACUGCUGAAUCCAGUGUUGCACUGUUUCUGCACAGUUGACUCAAGGCUGUCUGGUCUUGGUUCAGUAGUUUAUUUUUUAUUUUCCCAGUGAGUCAAUGUUGUGGCCAGAAUCGUCGUCAUGGGAGUGAGCUUCUCAAAAGCUUUAGAGCGUCAGGGGGAAUCUGUUACCAAUGAAAUGCUUGAAUGAAACCCUUCCCAGUAAGUGCAGGGUGCUCUGAUGUAUGCAUUGAGGUCACUUGCACUAAAAUGGAAAGCAAGGAUUGUCUCACAUCAAAAACCUUUGAGUUUAUAAAUAUGUAAUCAUAAAAACGAAUGUAUUUGUUGUUUUCCCACGUUUUUGUUUUUUAUUGUAGGUUAAUUUCAAACUGUCUUCAUGGAUAGUUGAGUGUGUGCCCUGUUUUUAUCAAGGAUGUGCAUUCUCACCGUGUUUCAUAAAAGGAAUAUCAAUUCUG